AUGACGACGUCACGACCAGUUGUUGAUAUUAUUCGUAAAGAGACAUUCUCAGCUUGUCACAGACUUCAUAGCCCACAAUUGAGUGAUGACGAGAAUAAGCAAAUAUUCGGAAAAUGCAAUAAUGAAAACGGUCACGGACACAACUACACAAUCGAAGUUACGAUUCGAGGUUGUGUCGAUUCUAAAACCGGAAUGGUAAUGAAUUUAACAGACUUGAAGGCGAUAAUUGAAAAGUGCAUUAUGAAGCCAUUGGAUCACAAAAAUCUCGACAAAGAUCUAGACUAUUUUAAAACCAUUCCAAGUACGACAGAGAAUCUCGCAGUAUUUAUUUAUGACUCACUAAGAAGAGCCUUACCAAAGCCAGAAUUGCUACAUGCUGUGAAAUUAUAUGAAACUGAAAAGAAUUUUGUGAUUUACAGAGGUAGAGUUAAACAUAUGUACACUAAUGGAUUACGACGAACUUCUGAAAACAUUUGUACGAAUUUAUCAUCUGAUUCUGAUUCAUAA